GGAGGUUGUGGCUUGAACCUGAUUGGUGCAAACAGACUUGUGAUGUUUGAUCCAGAUUGGAAUCCAGCCAAUGACGAACAAGCGAUGGCUCGUGUGUGGAGGGAUGGGCAGAAGAAACCUUGUUUUAUUUACAGGUUAUUAGGCACUGGAACAAUAGAAGAGAAGAUUUUUCAACGGCAAGCUCACAAGAAAGCUCUCUCGUCAUGCGUGGUUGACCAAGAGGAAGAUGUAGCACGUCACUUCUCACGUGACCAACUACGUGACCUUUUCUCCCCACUGCGUCAGGAUGGGACACAAAGCGAUACACACGACAGUUUACGUUGCACAAGGUGUGUUAACCGAAUCCAAGUACGCCCCCCGCCCCCCGAUGCAGAUUGCAACUCCGAUUUAACGAACUGGAAACACUGCUACCAAUCCAAGGAUAUAUCGGAUCUUGUGUUGCGGCAAAUAUGGAAGCAAACCGGAGCUACUUUCGCCUUCACGCAAGUGUCGCAUGAAGAACAAAGAAUUACGGUUUGAUGACGUCAUUCGUGACGUCAUACUAGCCGACGACGUCAUCCUCGACGCUAUAUUGUCUCGGUACAAUAGUCAAACAGUUAUGUCAUAAUACCUCAGUGACGCCAUCAAACCGUGACGUCAUAUCGUAGAAUAAAUAAGCAAGAAAUAGGA